CGCGUUUUCGCAACGAAAAUUAUUUGUUCAGAAUGCGUGUUCACGGGCUGAUAGUAACUGUAUUUUUCUUUAAUUAUGUGCAUUGCUACUUCAUAAAGAAACAAGUCGGAAAUGAACUGGAACUUUACAAUGCGAGCGAUGUUUUGCUCAAGCCAAUAAACAAUGGUCCAUCGCCGAUUUACUUUGAUUGGAGGGAAAAAGGCUGUGUUUCGCCGGUUAAAGAUCAGGGAGAUUGCGGUGCAUGCUGGGCGUUCAGCGCCGUCGCCAACAUCGAGAGCCAUAUAAAGAUAUAUCUGGGCAAGGAGGUGUUACUCUCUGAACAAUUCUUGAUCGACUGCGAAGUUGGCAGGGUCGGUUGUCAGAGUACCACUGUAUUGAAAGCGUUUGCUGAAAUCGUAGCAAUCUUCGGCGGAGUGCUCCAAGACCAGGAUUACUUUCCUUACGCGGGUCGACCACAGGGCUGUCGCUGGCAGAAAAAGCCUCAGCCUGUGCCUGUUAUAGGGUUUAGAAGGGUCAAACCAGACGAACGUGUUAUGGUGGAGUAUUUGUACAAAUAUGGACCUCUUUCUGCUGCAAUAAAUUCAGCGUCUAUGGAGAAAUAUAAAGGGAACUUCAUAGACGAACCCUCGGACGCUGACUGCCCCGCCUCGAACCUGGAUCAUGCCGUUCUCAUAGUUGGAUAUAAUACGUUUGUCGAUAAUACUACAGGGAAGACAACCCCGUAUUGGAUUAUCAAGAAUUCAUGGUCGAAGACUUGGGGAGAUAGCGGUUUCUACUACUUAGUAAGAGGAAAGAAUGCUUGCGGCAUCGCUAGUGAUGUAUCUUUUAGUAUUGUUAACUAGAAUCCAAUAAAUUUAUUGGAAAAUA